AUGGCUACCAUCACCUGCACCCGCUUCACAGAAGAGUAUCAGCUCUUCGAGGAACUGGGAAAGGGAGCCUUCUCAGUGGUACGCAGGUGUGUGAAGGUGCUGGCCGGCCAGGAGUACGCUGCCAAGAUCAUCAACACCAAGAAGCUCUCAGCCAGAGAUCACCAGAAGCUGGAACGUGAAGCCCGCAUCUGCCGCCUGCUGAAGCACCCCAAUAUUGUCCGGCUCCAUGACAGCAUCUCUGAGGAGGGGCACCACUACCUGAUCUUCGACCUGGUCACCGGCGGGGAGCUCUUUGAGGACAUCGUGGCCCGGGAAUAUUACAGUGAGGCAGAUGCCAGUCACUGCAUCCAGCAGAUCCUGGAGGCUGUACUGCACUGCCACCAGAUGGGGGUGGUUCACCGGGACCUGAAGCCGGAGAAUCUGUUGCUGGCCUCCAAGCUCAAGGGCGCUGCAGUGAAGCUGGCGGACUUCGGCCUGGCCAUAGAGGUGGAGGGGGAGCAGCAGGCAUGGUUUGGGUUCGCAGGGACACCCGGAUACCUCUCCCCAGAAGUGCUGAGGAAGGACCCUUAUGGCAAGCCCGUGGACCUGUGGGCCUGUGGCGUCAUCCUGUACAUCCUGCUGGUUGGGUACCCCCCAUUCUGGGAUGAGGACCAGCACCGCCUGUACCAGCAGAUCAAAGCCGGCGCCUAUGAUUUUCCAUCGCCAGAAUGGGACACUGUCACCCCAGAAGCCAAGGACCUGAUCAAUAAGAUGCUGACCAUCAACCCGACCAAACGCAUCACAGCUGCCGAGGCCCUCAAGCACCCUUGGAUCUCGCACCGAUCCACUGUGGCCUCCUGCAUGCACAGACAGGAGACCGUGGACUGCCUGAAGAAGUUCAAUGCCAGGAGGAAACUGAAGGGGGCCAUCCUCACCACCAUGCUGGCCACCAGGAACUUUUCUGGAGGGAAGAGUGGGGGAAACAAGAAGAAUGAUGGUGUGAAGAAAAGAAAGUCCAGUUCCAGCGUUCAGUUAAUGGAAUCUUCUGAGAGCACCAAUACCACCAUUGAGGAUGAAGACACCAAAGUGCGGAAACAGGAAAUUAUAAAAGUGACAGAGCAGCUGAUUGAAGCCAUAAGCAAUGGAGAUUUUGAGUCUUACACGAAGAUGUGUGACCCUGGAAUGACAGCCUUCGAGCCCGAGGCCCUGGGGAACUUGGUGGAGGGCCUGGACUUCCAUCGAUUCUAUUUUGAAAACCUGUGGUCCCGGAACAGCAAACCGGUACAUACCACCAUCCUGAAUCCCCACAUCCAUCUGAUGGGUGACGAGUCGGCCUGUAUUGCCUACAUCCGCAUCACACAGUACCUGGACGCAGGCGGCAUCCCCCGCACGGCCCAAUCGGAGGAGACCCGUGUCUGGCAUCGCCGGGACGGCAAAUGGCAGAUCGUCCACUUUCACAGAUCUGGGGCGCCCUCUGUUCUGCCCCAGUAA